AUGAAGGAGGCGCGACUAAGGUGGUUUGGUCACGUCUUGCGGCGAGAGGAAGAUUCUGUUGCCAAAACCGCUCUGGAGCUCGACGUUUCGGGAGUGAGGCCGCGUGGGAGGCCAAAGAUUCGCUGGUUAGACCGUGUGAAGCUGGAUGUGAUAGAUGCACGUUUGUGUACGGCUGAUGCAAUGGAUAGAACCAAAUGGGAGACAAGAAGCAGAAAAGCGGACCCUGCAACAACGCGGGACAAACGCUAG